CGGGGCAGGGCUGCAGCUGUACUUGCAGCCUGAUCUGUCAGCAACAAUGGAGCAGCGAGCAGAAGCCAAGCCACUGACAAGAUCAAACCUUCGUAAUCCCUUGAUGCGGCCGGCCCCCGGCACGAGCAGCCACAACCAAGCGGAUUUAACAGUCACGAAUACAGCAAAUGCGCCGACACACACCGACGGAGGAAAGAAGCCUACCCAGCCGGCAAAUCGACAUCGGUAGGUUGCGGCAAAGUCGAGUAGAACCAGCAGUCACAGUGCUGGCCAAGUCCAAGAUCGGAGCAAGGGUCUCGCGCGGUUUGCCCGAUCCCUCGCCUAUUUUCCUCCGCAUGCAUAUAUGCGCUGCCACCGCGGAUCGCAGCGCGACUUCAUGUGGAGCUGCGUUUACGUACGCCAUGCCAUCAGCAUCGCGUCCACUCACAACUGUAUCAGCGAAGCGCUUGCACGUCCGCGGUGGGAUGACGCACUGUUGCAUGGUGACCCUUGAGAUCCGUAGCGUCUCGUGCAGAUCUGGAAUUUGUUCACAUCCUUAGCGAGGAGGACGAGCAUCAAGGUACACUUCUGUACCUUUGGUCACGACGAAGAAGUCUUGGGUAACAUGCUCGUUAAGACCAACCCUUGAAAAGACUGCGCCGCCCAGACGUCAAGGCUCCAAGAGCGCGGACUCGAUCGUCGGGAAAUUGGGUAUCCGAUUAAGAGUACAUUGGCAAACCCAAUUG